AUGGGCUGCAUACCUGUACGGGUCGGCAAUUGCGGGGAGCAUCAGCAACUGCCACCCGAUUUGUACCUGCAGGCCACCAGCAUGGGCCGCUUUUCCCGAAUGCUCCGUACCUGGCUGAGACCGCAUUUCCUGGAUCCAAAUUUUCAAGGCCAAGCCCAGGAGAGGUAUAUCCGCUUCCUGGAGCUGCACCGUCAGCACCCGGAGGUGACUCUGGUCCCCACUGCCGACAUUGCGCUGAUGUGGCACACACACCUGGGGAUGAGCAAGGAAUACGCCGAGGCCUGUGAGAAGUUGUUUGGGGCGGAGGCGGCGCCCUGGCGGCCCGAUUACCUGGACCUGGGCGACCCGGCAAAGCUGGCUGGGAUGUACAGCGAAACAGCCCAGCUGUACCAGGAGAAGUACGGUGAGCCGUACGACGGCCCCGACACUGCCUGGCUGGCGGACUCGGUGCCGUACCCGCUGGUGACGUCCGCCAACCCGCUGGCCUACGCGCUGCGGGUUUUUGACGACAAUCCGCAGCAGGCGGAGCAGCAGACGGCCAUUGGCCUCGCCUGCCGGGCCGCCGGUCUGCCUGCGCCCCAGCCCGGUGCGCCCGUGGUUCGCAGUGGGGCUCAUGCGCUGUACUUGACGUGGCUGGCGGCCAGGAGGGCGGAGGCGGCGUACGAUAGCCUGACUUGUAACGGGUGCUGCAUGACGAGAAACAAAACGGUCCAUAUGCAAACGUUGCGGGACGUCAACUCCGCACUUGUGUCCGUGGCCUACUUCCUGGAGCUGCCGGACAUUGACACGCAUCCCUACCUCUUGGCAAUCACUGCGGGCGACAAGAAGUGGUCACCGAGCCCUCUGGCGGCACCGGCGGUGGCGGCUUUCAAGCCAUCUGACCCGGCGCACUACCUACGCGGUCGGGAGUCGUACCUCCUUCAAGGCCUUCCGUUGCUGCUGGCUGCAACGAAGCGGCCACCGCCCACGACGGCGGAGAUAUCCGUACAAGAACCGACGUCGUACGAGUCGGAACCUCCGCUUUGGCAAAUACUCAAACCGGAGGAUAUGCGAACCACGGCCGGAGACGUUUGCACGUCAGCCUGGAUGGUCUCCGCCAACAGCGGCGUGGGCGUUAUGAAGCACGCUUUUCAGACUCGGCGCCAUAGGCACGAGGGCUGCUCUUUGUCUGGACCUUGUGACUAUUAUAGCGUGGCUGAUCUCACGUUUGUGAUGAAGAUCUGCACAUUCUACCUACAUCUCAUAUUGCUCUGCUCCUUUCAAGAGCUAACCCUGCCUGACAGGUUUCACACCGGAGUUUCACAGCCAUUUUUCAGAUUCAAGAUACAAGAAGAAAACUCGACACGGCGGUUGGAGCAAAACCGCCGCGGAAGCAAAAACAAUGAGUGGCAUAUGUUGAGUGCUGGAGCUUUCACGUCAGCAUUACGAUGCAUAACCUGGAAAUCACACCUCGGCAGAUGUAUCACUCACUACCUGCCGCCAGACCACUACCUGCAGAAAGACUUCGCGGCUCCUGAGGUCAACAAUAUCUAG